AUGUUGCGACUUAUUGUAUUGGCUGCUGUAUUCAGCUUGUCGAUAGCCAGUCCUGCUGUGACGAGGACUAGACAAGACAUUGAAGCUUUCAAACAAUUUUUAGAUGGAAUCCGUAGAGGCAAUGACAAUAUAGUACAAUUCCAAGUGAAGAGGACUUCGCACCCCUUCGCGAAUGUCGAGGAACUAAGCGGCAAGUACCAGGGUGAUAUAGUUCUGGAUGAAGAAGAUUAUGAGGUGAUGCUACAGGAGUACGCGAUAGGUCGCAAUGCGUACUCCACGUCCACCAUCACGACCUGGCCAUACAACACUGUUAUCUUCGAAUUUGGAGAUGGAGAAUUCAAUGAUGCACAGAAGGCAGCAAUUUGGGAUGCUGCACGAGACAUCGAAGCUCACACGUGCGUCAAAUUCAGAUACAGGACAGCAUCAGACCCUAUUUACGUGAAACUCACUGGGGUAGCAGACGGUUGCUACGCUAACGUAGGCUACAGGGAAUCCCGAGGGGCCCAUACAAUGAACUUGGCUCGUGCCAGCGUUGGUUCAGGGUGCUUCAGGCACGCCACUAUCGUGCAUGAGUUCAUGCAUAUCCUCGGCUUCGUCCAUAUGCAGUCUACACACAACCGUGACAAUUUCGUCAGAAUUAAUGGACAAAACGUCGUGUCAGGCAGUGAACACAACUUUGACAUAUAUAAAGAGUCAAGAGUGGAUAAUUUAGGAGUAGACUACGACUAUGUGAGCUGCCUCCACUACGGUCCCUAUGCGUUCACAGCUAAUGGACGACCGACUAUCGAGGCAUUACAUAGACACACAGGAGAGAUGGGACAACGUGUAUACGUCACAGACAAAGACUGGCUGCGCAUUAACAGAUACUACAACUGCCCAGGCGCAUGGAACUAA